CCAGCUGUCAGAGUGACCUCACCAGAUCCCCUCCUGUGGCGGCUGAGAGAGAUGGAUCCUCUGACUGUUGCCCCUGUUUCCAGCAGGCCCUCGGUGCUCCAGCUUGUUAGGAACCUCUUUGGGCUCAGGCAGAGUGCACAGGAGGGCCCAGAAACCAGAGCAGACGCACAAGAGAGAGGGGACGUCGGGGACCGAGAAGAAGACAGCUCCCUGGUGCCCGCUGGGGCUGAGUCUGAGACCAGCCAGCCAGUGGGCAAAGAGCUAACUGGCGACCACCUGACCGAUGAGCCCCGUGGAGAUGCAACAGGCGACCGCAUGGGGGAGAUCCUUGGAGAACUGAAGAAUAGCAGUCUUGGGGGCACCCCUUCCAGCCGUGGCAGGAGAUCCCCUCCUACGCUGGACCACAGUGGCAUGGAGAUGGGAGAUGCCGGUGGCUUUGUCAACGCUGCUGUGGGCAAAGAUAAAACAGCCCAGGAUCCGUGCAACAGAAUCUCUGGCAGGGAAGCAGAGAGGGUGGGAGAAGCUUCUGGUGACACAGGAACAUGGGAAAAGGCUGGGAUCUCACAGGUUCCGCGUGCUGACAACGAAGGAAUCACACCGACUGCAGGACCCCUGGCACUGACCGCCCAGGACUUCUGUGCCAAGGAAGAGAGAGAGCACCUCCUGAAAGAGGAUCUAAAUGGAGGAUCUCCGAAGGCAGAGGUGUCUCCAUGGAACAAACUCAUCAACAUGUACAAGCAGAGAUGGAAGCUUCCUGUUCCUAAGGAACACCCAGUGCAGCUGGAAAUGGAAGAGGGAGCCACUCUGAAUCUAACUGUUUAUGAAUUUGCAACACCCGAGCCUCAUCUCAUCUCUUCAGAAUCCUCCGGUACUGCCCUGAUCUAUAGGUUUCCCGAUGACAGAGCUGGGGAAACUGUUGGCCACUUUGGGAGAGCCCAGGGAGACCUGAGGACCAAUGGACUGGAAGCUGCUGAAGCAGACUGAGAGCCUGCUCCUAGAAGAGAUGGGACAGCGGCCCCAAGAACAAGCUUAUGUUUUGAUCACGGUGAGUCUGCAAGCCCCCUUCAUCUAGCAGAUGAAGAUGAAGAAAGAAGAUUGAGACCGGUUCUUUGGUCCCCACCAAGCUGGUGUCUGGGACAAAGCCUGUUAGCUGCAAGCUUGUUCCUGUUCCCUCUUUCAGUGUCUAUGCCUCCCCCCUUUGAAUGUUUAUCCCCUUGCCUAGGCUGGCAUCCACUGUAUUUUUAGAGUAAGUGUUUUACGUUGAUUGAUUGUUCUCAGUUCCCCCUAAGAUCACA